AUGACCAUCAUUGUCAAAUUGGUUGAAUCGACAAGCUACUCCAGCACCGACAUUCAUGUAAGAAAAUUUUUAGGUGUUUUGCCCUACACCUACAGCGCCACCGCCGCCCAAUUUUAUUCUUAUCGCCCCGCCGUUCAUCUUCUUCGUGUUUCCUUUUCCUCUUCCCCGUGUUCUUUUUCCUUCCAAGUCGUCCCUCCGCUGCUGCUGCUUCCGCCUCCGCCUCCGUCAAUCAAGCUUCGCGGACGACCGUCGCUGCUUUUCCCAGCCGCCGUGUCCGCCUUUAGUGUUUGUCCAUUAGUGUCGGCAUUUCUCCAGCCACAGUACGUCGCUUUAAGGAAAACUAAUAAGAAAAAUUGCCCGAUCCACCGCUUCGAACAGGCGGUUCGAAAGAAUGUGAAACCGACACAGUACCGUAGCCGCCGCCUUCGUCGCCGUCACGUAGUCUACAUCGGCCCUGCUUGUUCUGAAUUCCCAAAAAGAAUGGCGAAAGGAUUGAUCUGGGCAACUGCAGAGGAUAUGGCUAGGAACAGAGCAAGGCUGGCAAAGAAAGCGGAGGCUCGGGCAAUAUUUCUUGUGGGUUCCGAGGAGCGAUCCCUACAUAACAUUCAAGAUCUAAUUGAUACUGGUGAGUAUGCUCUUUCUUGCUUGAGGAAAGGCGAAAUCCCCAAACUUAAAGAAUAAAUUGAUCUUCAUAUGUCAUAUGUAGAAUUUGAAAUAUAGCUCUGGUUUAGAACAGAAUUUGAUUAUCAUACACCAAUUUUUGUGGUGAAUUUGGGAUUA